AGGAGUCUUGUCCCCGCCGCGCCGCCGUCGGACGCCAGGUGUCGGAGGUCAAGGCGGCGUUGGCCGUGGCGUUUUUUUCUACCCGGAAACCACGGAAGCCGGACCUGGUGACGAGACCGAGCCGCGGCGGCGGGAGCCCGACUGGCCUCUGGUCCUCGCGUCGGCCCCGCGGAGCCGGACGCUGCCCCCGGCGCGGCGGGGAGAAUGGUGCCGAGCGGCCCCGGGCCGGCCGCGCGCCGCCGCUAGUGAGCUCCGAGCGGCCGCGGGCGUCCGGCGAGCAGCUGGCCCGGCCGGGCCCGGGGCGCGCCGCUGCCCACCGGGGCGGGGUGGAGCUGAUCAGAAUAAUGUUCAACAUCAACCCCCUGGAGAACCUGAAGCUGUACAUCAGCAGCCGGCCCCCCUUGGUGGUGUUUAUGAUCAGCGUCAGCGCCAUGGCAAUAGCUUUCCUGACCUUGGGCUAUUUCUUCAAAAUCAAGGAGAUCAAGUCACCAGAAAUGGCAGAGGACUGGAAUACUUUUCUCCUGCGGUUUAAUGACUUGGACUUGUGUGUCUCAGAGAAUGAAACGUUAAAGCAUCUCACAAAUGACACCACAGCUCCGGAAAGCACAGUGACCAGUGGCCAGGCCAGGACAUCCACGCAGUCCCCACAGCCCCUGGAGGAUGCGGGCCCAGUGAACAUCUCAGUAGCCAUCACCCUCACCCUGGACCCACUCAAACCCUUCGGCGGGUACUCGCGCAACGUCACCCAUCUGUACUCCACCAUCCUCGGGCAUCAGAUCGGACUCUCGGGCAGGGAAGCCCAGGAGGAGAUAAACAUUACCUUCACCCUGCCCACAUCCUGGAGCUCGGACGACUGUGCCCUUCACGGGCAUUGUGAGCAGGUGGUGUUCACAGCCUGCAUGACCCUCACAGCUCACCCCGGCGUGUUCCCCGUCACCGUACAGCCGCCGCACUGCGUUCCCGACACCUACAGCAACGCCACGCUCUGGUACAAGAUCUUCACCACGGCCAGGGAUGCCAACACAAAAUAUGCUCAAGACUACAACCCUUUCUGGUGUUACAAGGGGGCCAUUGGAAAAGUCUACCAUGCUUUAAACCCCAAGCUUACAGUUAUUGUUCCAGACGAUGACCGCUCGUUAAUAAACUUGCAUCUCAUGCACACCAGUUAUUUCCUCUUUGUGAUGGUGAUAACGAUGUUUUGCUACGCGGUUAUCAAAGGCAGACCCAGCAAACUGCGUCAGAGCAAUCCUGAAUUCUGUCCCGAGAAGGUGGCUCUGGCAGACGCCUAAUCCCACAGCUGCCGUUUUCCGAGAGAGACUGAAAGAACCAUAAUCAUCGCCUGCUGAAGCCAGCCUGGGCCUGGAUACUCUGUGAAUACAUUAUCUUGCAAUGUUGGGUUAUUCCAGCCAAAGACAUUUCAAGUGCCUGUAACUGAUUUGUAUAUAUUUAUAAAAGUCCAUUCAGAAAUUGGGCCAGUGAUGCACGUGCUUCGCACUGGGUGCCACCAGAACCCUUCAGCCUCACCCGCGGACUUGGCGGGAUGGCCCACGCGGCCGGAGAGGAUUCGCGACCUCGCUGCCGGAGCAGGCCGUGCUGUCUUUCCCGGGGGCCCGAGGCGUGUCACUGCUGUGGGGGAGGUUUGCUUUGGUUCUUGUUCAGCCCGAUCUGUACAGAAUGUUCAAAACAGUCUGCACCUUUGAUAUGAUACUGCAUUUCCAAAGCCACCCCAAUCCAGUUUGUGGAUUUUAUGUGUCUGUGGCUUAAUAAUUAUAGUAACAACAAUAAUACCUUUUUCUCUGUUUUGCUUGCAAGGAAACAUACCUUUCUAAGUUUUUUUUUAUCCCCCUCUUUUUCCCUUUGAAGAGAAAAUAGUCACAUUUUACUACUACUCUAGUUAGGAGAGAUUUGUGCUUUUAUCUUGAGUAAAAAGUUAAAUAUUUAAAAGUCACUUACUUGGUAAAGAUCAAAGUUUCAUUUUCCACGUGGACAGCGAAGAGCCUGGUCUUGUUUGAGUUGAGCUGGCUCAGAGUGCUCCACUGUCCUUUUUCUUCUCUGUUGUCCCUUACCUCUGGUAUAAAAGUUGAAACAGCUUCCUCACUCCAAAGGGCUUCAAAAAUGAAGUACAGAUGGCUCUAGAGUGAAAGCGAGCCGUUCUCUUUUCUGCAAAUGACAGUAAGGAGAGGAGAGGGUGAUGGUUCAGUCUAAUAGUCAUGAAAGGGUUUCUUGUUUUCUUUGAGGAGGGAGUGGAUUUUUCUUUCCCUGGUGUUUUAUGGGGAGGUGUUUCAUUUUUAUGCAGUUAACAUACUUGGAAGGAAAUGGCAACUUAUAGAUACAACAUUAAGAAAACGUUGGCUGUGAAAUCUGAGGGAAAAUGAUUCUGAUUUGCCAUUUAUCAGGAAAACCAAAAGCAUUUUUUUUUUCUUAUAACAUUCUGAUAAUCUACUUCUUUUAUCCCUUUUUCCUUCCAAACCAUCUUCAUUUUAAAAUGGUUGUGCAUCUUUUCUAGCCCUUUAUCACUUGUGUUAUUACCAUUUUUCUUCACAGCUUUUUGCCUUACUGACUCAGAGUCAUUAAUGAUUUCUGAGAGUUCUCCCAAGCAGUGAUAGAGCAAAAGGGCAGUUAACAGUCUUGGGCGCGACUGCCCGCACUUCUUUCCCUUAACUCCAGGUCUGUAGCCAGUUCUAAAUUAGAGCCAGCCCUGCAGUCUGAAAUAUAUUGGCCUAGUACAUUUUAUCCCAAGUUUUUUUUUUUUUAAAUCCCAGGCAUUUUUGAAUGGAAAACAUUUGUGGGCUUUUACUGAAGGUUAUUAAAAUAAUCAUCAUAGUAACUUGAUACGUUAGUACUUUUUUUUUCCUUUUAGUACAUUUCAAGCACAAUAAUCAGACUUGUCUAUCCGUUUUUUUUAAUGAUAUGAGUUGCUUACCUGAUGCAUAGCUAAUCAGUUAAUUUAGUUUUCUCUUUAGAGACUUUGAGACUUACAAGAUGAGAUUGAGAAAAAGCCAUUUGCUUGGCCUUUAGAAACAUCAGUAUCAUUAAGACCAACAGAUUUUAGAUGAAGCUGCUACUGAAUUAAUAAAAUCCCAAGGAAGUAGAGUUACAGGAAUAGAUUAUUAACUGGCAGAGUAAUAUAAAAGGAAGACAGGUGAAAAAAGUCAGUUUCACUGGUUCGUUGGGUCCAGCUUGUUGCUAAUAUUAAUGACCCUUGUGUUAAUUACAGGAACUGGCUGGCAUCUGCUGGCAGGGGAGGAGAGACUCUGUUAGGCACAAGGAAAGGAAGUGCCAAAAACGCCUGGACAGUAUGACUUGUCACGAGGCCAGGACACAAACACUUUAAACCCAGCAUUCUCCCCUCACAGGUGAUCUCAGAUCUUACAGAAACCCAGUCAGGUGUACAAAGAAGGCUGGGGAUGCCAGGGGUGUUGGGUCCACCGACCCUCAGCAAGUCCAGAGGACCCGUUACUAUCCGGGCACUGACAGACAAGGCCCUGUCCUCCGCUGUCCCUCACUGGGAGGGCGGGGGACCUCAGGAUGAGAAGAGGGUCGUAGACAGGGCCUGUCUCCCCUCCAGGGGCGACCCUGUGCAGAAGCACUGGCCCGUCCUCAGGCAUCUUGGACUGGAGUCCAACAAAAGGUCAGCAACUUACUAUUAAAACAGUUGUUUCAGAUCAUAUUGAUCUCUUUCCCUUUUCCUUUUGUCCUUCCACUGUAUGACUUGAAUCAGUUUUGAUUCUACUUGUAAGUUUUUCUCGUCGUUAGGAACCUGCCACUUCUGUUGCGUUCUCUCGGGCAGUGUGUAGGGGUUCAGCCUCCUGGAUUUUCACCCUCCUGCAGGCACUGUGGGGCUCCGAGGGCCAGCGGGUCCGUGUCACUCACCUUGCUGCAUGAUGGUCGGUAGCCGAUCUGUUCCGGCAUUCACUCCCAGGUUAAUUUUCUGUGUUGAAACUGUGCACAUGUGCUUUCCAGAAUAAAAUGUCUGAAUUUA